AUGUCGGAUUAUCAUCGCGAUGUCUCGCAAUACAAGUACUCGGCCAUGUCCAACCUGGUCCUCCAGGCGGACCGCCGGUUUGUCACAAGACGGACCGACGAGGCCACUGGGGACCCCGAGUCGCUGGCCGGCCGCUUGUCCAUCAAGGACAUGGGCUCCCGCGUAGCACGCGACGCCGCACCGAAGCCGAAGAAGACGAGCGCCAUGCCAGAUGUAGAGCGGGGGAGCAUGCGGGAAGGCGCUGACGUCCUGCAGCUCGUGAAGCAGAAGGGAAAGGCCGAGGCGCGCGGUGGCGGGAUCCUGUCAGGCGCCGAUGCCCUGAUCGAAGGAAUCCGGUACCGCCCACGAACGCAGCCUACCCGUGAUGCUUUCAACCUUAUCUUGACGAUUGUGUCAGAACACCUCGGCGACGUCCCCCACGAGGUUGUGCGGAGUGCGGCCGACGCGGUGCUAGAGUAUCUCAAAGACGAUGACUUGAAGGAUUUUGAUAAAAAGAAGGAGAUCGACGACAUCUUGGGGGCCUCGAUGGGGCCAAAGCAGUUCAACGAGCUUGUAAAUCUUGGAAAGAAGAUCACGGAUUAUGACGCUCAAGACGACGAGGAGGAUAUGGAGCAAGUAAAGCGAGACGGUGAAGAUGAGAUUGACGGCCGCCAAGGUGUUGCUGUCAACUUCGAGGACGAGGACGAAGGCAUGGUUGAUGUUGUCCGAGAUGAGUCCUCGGAAAGUGAGGCCGAGGGUGAUGAAGACGAUCGCCCAGAAGAAGCUGCCGAAGGCGAGGAGGCGGGUCAGGAUCGCGAGGAAGAAGAGCCGGGGUUGGCGGACGAGGCCAUGGUGAUUGACUCGGCGCCCAACGGGCAAUCCAAGUCCGAGGAGAAAAACUACAUUCCCGCCCGAGACGUCGAUGCAUACUGGUUGCAGCGACAGAUUGGCCGGCUUUAUCCAGAUGCACAUAUUCAACACGACAAGACUUUGUCGGCUCUCAAGAUCCUAUCAGGGGAACCGGAUGAACCCGGUGGUGAGGAAAAGCAGCUUCGCGAUAUUGAAAAUGACCUGAUGGAGCUCUUCGACUAUGAGCACCAUGAACUCGUGCAAAAGCUCAUUGAAAACCGCGAAAAGGUCGUAUGGCUCACGCGGCUGGCCAGAGCCGAGAACCAGGAGGAACGUGACACUAUUGAGAGAGAGAUGGCAUCCGAAGGGUUGCGCUGGAUUCUCGACGAACUACACGGAAAGCCCAAAGAUGGCCAGAAGAAACUGAAGGUGGAAAUCAAAAUGGACAUCGAUUCGGGCGCCUUCGCCGACGGACAGCCUCAGAAACAGGAGCGUUCGGGGGCGCAGCUCGUUGGGGGGCUUCAACCGAGGAAACUAAUCAACCUGGACAAUCUUGUCUUUGACCAGGGCAACCACCUCAUGACUAACCACAGGGUGAGGCUGCCUGAGGGCACGACGAAGCGGACCUUCAAAGGCUACGAGGAAGUCAACAUCCCCCCUCCAAAAAGGCGCAACGAUCCCAGUGACCAGAACAUUCCCAUCAGCGAGAUGCCGGAAUGGGCCCAGAUUCCUUUUGGUACAACCAAGUCACUCAACAAAAUACAAUCCAAGUGCUAUCCCGUGGCAUUCGAGGACGACGGCAACAUGCUUGUUUGCGCCCCGACAGGCAGCGGCAAGACCAACGUUGCCAUGCUGACCAUCCUUCGAGAGAUUGGGAAGAACAGGAAUAGCAAAGGAGAGCUUGAUCUGGAUGCCUUCAAGAUUGUUUAUAUCGCACCUCUAAAGGCUCUUGUCCAGGAACAGGUCGGGAAUUUUGGGAAGCGCCUGGAGCCCUACGGCAUCAAAGUCUCGGAGCUUACUGGUGACCGGCAGCUCACCAAGCAGCAAAUAUCCGAGACCCAGAUCAUUGUGACUACGCCAGAAAAGUGGGACGUCAUCACCAGAAAGGCCACUGACAUCUCCUACACUAACCUUGUCCGGCUUAUCGUCAUAGAUGAGAUUCAUCUGCUGCACGACGACCGCGGUCCAGUUCUCGAGAGCGUAACGGGUGAGCCGGUCCGCAUCAUUGAUGUUGCCAGUUUUCUUCGGGUUGAUCCGAACAAGGGCAUGUUCCACUUUGAUGGGUCGUACCGCCCAUGCCCCUUACGCCAGGAGUUCAUUGGCGUCACGGACAGGAAGGCCAUCAAGCAGCUCAAGACGAUGAAUGACAUUACCUAUCAGAAGGUCCUUGAGCAUGUUGGCAAGAAUCGCAAUCAGAUGCUGGUAUUCGUCCAUUCCAGAAAGGAAACGGCCAAGACAGCAAAGUAUAUACGCGAUAAGGCCCUGGAGAUGGAUACAAUCAACCAGAUUCUCAAGCACGAUGCUGGCACUCGUGAAGUAUUGAGUGAGGCGGCGAACUCGGUCAACAACACGGAUCUCAAGGACAUCUUGCCAUAUGGCUUCGGUAUCCACCACGCCGGCAUGAGCCGAGCUGAUAGGACCGACGUUGAAGACCUUUUCGCCAGCGGGCACAUCCAGGUCCUUGUGUGCACGGCGACGCUCGCCUGGGGUGGGACGCAGGUCUAUUCGCCGGAGAAGGGCAGCUGGGUUGAGUUGAGCCCCCAAGAUUUCGACACGUACGGCGAGGGUAUCAUCAUCACAACACAAGGCGAGAUUACGUACUAUUUCCAAAUGGCCAGCAAGCUUGUUGACAACCUCAACGCCGAGAUUGGUGUCGAGUGGCUUGGAUACACUUAUCUCUUUGUCCGGAUGCUCCGUUCCCCAGGACUUUACAGUGUUGGCGCCGAGUAUGCAGACGAUGAGGCCCUGGAGCAAAUGCGCGUGGACCUGUCGAACCUGAUCAAGUACGAUGAAAAGACCGGGAAGAUGCAGUCAACAGAGCUCGGACGUAUCGCCUCCCACUACUACAUCACACACGGGUCGAUGGAUACCUACAACAAGCUAAUACAGCCGUCCAUGAAUGACGUCGAGCUUUUCCGAGUCUUCGCCCAAAGCGCCGAGUUCAAAUACAUCCCGGUUCGCCAGGAGGAGAAGCUCGAGCUUGCCAAGAUCCUCGCUCGAGUCCCGAUUCCCGUCAAGGAGAGCAUCGAAGAACCGGCUGCCAAGAUCAAUGCCCUUCUCCAGGCUUACAUUUCUCGCCUUAAGCUUGAAGGGCUGGCCCUCAUGGCGGACAUGGUUUACGUCACUCAGUCUGCUGGCCGUAUCCUUCGGGCUAUUUUUGAGAUUACUCUCAAGAAAGGCUGGGCUUCUGUGGCCAAGCUGGCGCUGAACCUGUGCAAGAUGGCUGAGAAGAGAAUGUGGCCGACCAUGUCACCACUCAGACAGUUCCCCGGCUGUCCGGCCGAAAUUGUUCGGAAGGCAGAGAGGAUCGAAGUGCCGUUUACCAGUUACUUCGACCUGGACCCUCCUCGCAUGGGCGAGCUGCUUGGGUUGCCAAAGGCUGGGAAGACUGUGUGCGCUCUGGUUGCCAAAUUUCCUCGCCUCGAGAUCCAAGCCCAGGUGCAGCCCAUGACGAGAUCGAUGUUGCGUGUUGAGCUCACCAUUACCCCAAACUUUGAAUGGGAUCUGGAUGUGCAUGGACUGGCCGAAAGCUUCUGGAUCAUCGUCGAGGACUGCGACGGCGAAGACAUACUCUUCCACGACCAAUUCAUCCUCCGCAAGGACUACGCCGAGGCCGACGAGAACGAGCACCUUGUGGAAUUCACUGUACCUAUCUCCGAGCCGAUGCCCCCCAACUACUUCAUCUCUGUCGUCUCGGAUCGGUGGAUGCACUCCGAAACUCGCAUGGCAGUGUCAUUCCAGAAGCUCAUCCUGCCUGAACGGUUCCCUCCGCACACAGAGUUACUCGAACUGCAACCCCUCCCAGUGGCCGCCCUGAAAGCGAAGGACUACAUGGCUCUCUACCCGGACUGGCAACAAUUCAACAAGGUGCAGACUCAGACUUUCAAUUCCCUGUACAAUACGGACAACAAUGUCCUCAUCGCUGCCCCGACGGGAAGCGGCAAAACCGUAUGCGCAGAGUUCGCAUUGCUCCGUCACUGGGCCAAGCAAGACCACGGGCGAGCCGUCUACAUUGCCCCCUUCCAGGAACUGGUGGACCUCCGGUUUCAAGACUGGCAAAAGCGGCUUUCCCAUGUCCGAGGCGGGAAGGACAUCGUAAAGCUGACGGGAGAAACCACAAGUGAUCUGAAGCUGCUGGAGCAGGGCGACUUAAUCCUGGCCACGCCGAUUCAGUGGGAUGUUCUAUCGCGCCAGUGGAAGAGGAGAAAGAACGUGCAAACGGUAGAGCUCUUCAUCGCGGAUGAGUUGCAUAUGCUCGGCGGGCAAAUGGGUUAUAUCUAUGAGGUCGUCGUAUCCCGGAUGCACUACAUUCGCACGCAGGCGGAACUUUCCAUGAGAAUCGUUGGCCUUAGUGUAUCCCUUGCCAAUGCUCGCGACAUUGGUGAAUGGAUUGACGCCAAGAAGCAUGACAUUUACAACUUCAGCCCUCAUGUGCGGCCAGUGCCGCUGGAACUUCAUAUCCAGUCUUACACAAUACCCCAUUUCCCGUCGCUCAUGCUGGCCAUGGCAAAACCGACGUAUCUUGCUGUCACACAAAUGUCGGCCGACAAGCCAGCGCUCAUCUUCGUGCCCAGUCGGAAGCAGACCAGAGCCACGGCUCGGGACAUCCUCACGGCAUGUCUUGCCGACGAUGAUGAAGACCGGUUCUUGCAUGUUGAAGUUGACCAGAUCCGGAAGCUCCUUGAGAGGGUUCAGGAAGAAGCCCUUGCCGAGGCGCUCUCUCACGGUGUGGGCUACUACCACGAAGCGCUAAGCCAGAGUGACAAGCGCAUCGUGAAACAUCUUUACAACAACGGCGCCAUCCAAGUCUUGAUUGCCUCUCGGGACGUCUGCUGGGAGCUCGAUUGCACGGCGCACCUGGUGAUCGUCAUGGGGACGCAAUACUUUGAGGGAAGAGAGCACCGCUACGUUGACUAUCCCCUCAGCGAAGUCCUCCAGAUGUUCGGAAAAGCCAUGCAGCCAUCCAAAGACGGACGGGGUCGCGGCGUGCUCAUGCUUCCGGCAGUUAAGCGAGAGUACUACAAAAAGUUCCUCAACGACGCCCUCCCCGUCGAGUCUCAUCUGCACAACUUCCUCCAUGAUGCGUUUGUGACGGAAAUCAGCACAAAGAUGAUUGAGUCGGGCGAAGACGCCAUCAACUGGGCCACUUUUACCUACUUCUACCGGCGCCUUCUCGCCAACCCAAGCUACUACGGCCUGGUGGAUCCCACGCACGACGGGCUCAGCCAAUAUCUCUCGGACCUGGUCGAGACGACACUGCAGGAGCUUUCCGAGGCCAAGAUCAUCGAUCUGGAUGAGGAUGACGGGACGGUGGCGCCUCAGAACGCAGCAAUGAUUGCGGCAUACUACAACAUCUCGUAUCACACCAUGCAGACAUUCCUUCUGUCCCUGAAGCCCAAGACGAAGCUGAAGGGCCUCCUGGAAAUUGUGUCGUCGGCCACCGAGUUUGAGUCGAUACAAAUCAGGCGGCACGAGGAAGCUCUCCUGCGGCGCAUUUACGACAAUGUGCCCGUCAAGAUGACGCAAGCUGUUUUUGACUCGCCUGAUUUCAAGGCGUUUGUGCUGAUCCAGGCUCACUUCUCGAGAAUGAACCUGCCAAUCGAUCUCGCCAAGGAUCAGGAGGUCAUUUUGACCAAGGUCCUCAGUCUCCUGAGUGCGGCUGUUGACAUAUUGUCGUCUGAAGGCCAUCUGAAUGCGCUCAACGCGAUGGAAAUGUCGCAGAUGGUGGUGCAAGCCAUGUGGGACCGCGACAGCCCGCUAAAACAGAUUCCCAACUUCACGCCCGAGGUGGUGAAAGUGGCCAACAAAUAUGGCAUCCGGGACAUUUUUGACUUUAUGGAGAAGAUGAACCCUGAUGAGAACCCCGACUAUGGGUCGCUGAUCAAAGAGCUCGGCCUCUCGCAGGCGCAGCUCGCGCAGGCAGCCAAUUUCACCAACACCAAGUACCCGGACAUCUCGCUUGAGUUCGAGGUGGAGGAUGAGAACAAUAUCCGGGCGGGUGAGCCGGCGUAUCUCAAAAUCCGCAUCGAGCGCGAGAUGGAGGAAGACGAGGAAUUCGACCCGACAGUGCACGCGCCAUUCUACCCGGGCAAGAAGUCGGAGAACUGGUGGCUGGUGGUGGGCGAGGAGAGCACCGCGACGCUGCUCGCAAUCAAGCGGGUCACGGUGGGCCGCAAUCUCAAUCUCAAACUGGAAUUCACGGUGCCUACUCCCGCCGCGCCCGCAGCUGAGGCCGUACAACUCGCUGCCGACGCGACCACCAAUGCUAGUGCCGAAGCAUUCAAGGAAGCUGUUGCCGCCAAGACCGAGGACGCUGUCGAUACUGCACCAGUGCCGACCGAAUCGAAUGAGAAAUCUGACAAGGCCGCUCAAGAGCCUGGCGAGAAGCAAGCCGAGCAAGCCGAGGAGAAGGCUGACGUCGAAAUGACGGACGCCGCUGCUCCUGCUGAAUCCGCAGCCCAGGCCACCGAAGCCGCCGACGAGACUGCGGCACAAGACCAAGCCGACCAGUCCCAGGAGGUGGCUGGUGCCGAUGCCGACAAAUCCAAGGGCAAACGCAAGUCGAUUGGCGGCGGUGGCUCCAAGGGAAAGAAAUUGAACAAAAAGGCGUCAAAGCCGCGCAUUCUGCACCUCGAUGCCCAGCCGGGCGAUCACUACUUUGUCAAGCUCAAGGGCUUCCCGCAAUGGCCCGUCAUCAUCUGUGACGAGGAUAUGCUCCCGGCCUCUCUGUUGAAGUCGCGGCCCGUCACAGCAAAGAGGGCCGAUGGCACCUACCGCGAGGAUUACGCCGACGGUGGCAAAAAUGUCGCUGACCGGACAUUCCCCGUCAUGUACUUGCACACCAACGAGUUUGGUUGGGUGCCCAAUUCUGACCUGAUCGAGCUCGAUCCGAGCACGGUGCUGGAGGGCGCCAGGUUGGACAAGAUGAGAAAGCCAUUGCAAGCUGCAUACGAGCUGGCUUCUAAGAAUCAUUCUUUAUCGUUCUACAAAGAGGUCUUGCAGAACUUCCAGGAGGACCUUAUCCAACAAGAGAAGGCCAAGGCUGCGAAAGCGGCCACCCCCAAGGGCAAGAAGUCCAAGGCUGUUGAGGAGGAUGAAGAAGACGUCGAAAUGGCAGAUGCUCCUGAUUCAGAUGAGACACCAGCCAAGGAUAAGAAAGCCAAGAAGAGAAAGGCCGAGGAGAGCGCCGAGACCCCUCAGCGUUCAGAUUCAGUUAAGAAGCCCAAAAUCAAACUCACGACCAGCUCUACCCCCAAGACGGCCAACGGAGCUGCAUCUACUCCCAAGUCCACCAAGGCUGCCAAGCCCAAGGCCAAGAAGACGAAGGAGGCAGAUGAAAAGGUUGUUGAAAAGGAGAAGGAAGUGUUGUUCCUCCGGCAUAAGCUCCAGAAAGGAUUGCUUACACGCGACCAAGAGCCCAAGGAGGAGGAGAUGAAGUCUAUGGCGGACUACAUCACGAAGCUCGAAGGGUUCCCGGAUCUCGAAGUCAGCAUUAUCCGAGCAACCAAGAUCAACAAGGUGCUCAAGGCGAUCCUCAAGCUAGAGAACAUUCCAAAGGAGGAAGAGUUCCACUUCAAGCCUCGCUCCCAGGCUCUGCUGGACAAGUGGAACAAGCUCCUGGCUGUUGACGGGACCCCUGCUCCCGCUGCCGAAGGCGCGAAUGCCGUGAAUGGCACCGCAGCCAAGGCAGGAGCCAAGACGAACGGCGUCAAAGAGAAGAGCGAGGGUGCUGAGCCAGCGAAAGCCAAGGGAGGCGCAAAGGAGGAGGCAAAGGAAGAUGCAGAGGAAGCCGCAAAGGCGGAGCCAAAGGAGGCAGCCAAGGAGGCGUCCAAGCCGGCCGAGACAUCUGAAGAGGCUGAGAAGCCUGUUACCGAAGAGGCCAAGGAGUCCGAGGCGGUUGGGGCGUCUGCCUAG